AUGUCGGCAAACCGCAAGCGCUAUAAGGAUGCUUUCGUGCGUCACCAGCGUGAAAACAACCCGUUUGAAUCGGAAAAGAUUAAUUCGGUAAUCCAUGCUGAACGAGUGAGGGUCAUCAACGAGUAUAUGGCCAAGAACGAGGCCUUUCACAAAAGUCACCCAAAGCUUAAACAUCCUCAAAAUCGCCGGUAUUUGAAAGAUGUAAUGCUUACGGCAUACGGUCGCGAUCUGAUCCUAAUUGGCAUUGAUAUCGAAACCUAUGAGCAUGGCAGUAGCAUACUUGAAGUGGGACUUGCAAUUUUUGAUCCCCGAGGCCAGCAAACACUGGGAUAUCCUCACAUCCUGACAUACCACCUUAUCAACGAAGAUUGCUUACAUUUGUCAAAUGGGUAUUAUGUCCCAGACAAAAGGGAUUACUUCGGUGGCAAGCAGCUGUGGAAAAUUCCGUAUGCCCUGAUUGUCAGCUUCAUUCAAGGGGUCAUUGACUACUUUAACGGUAUCGAGGGGUGGGAUGCUGUGCUUGUUGGACAUGCUGUCUGCGGUGAUAUCGAUAUCCUAAAAGAUAUGGGUGUUAAGGUACCACAAUCAUGGCAUAUUGACACUCAACGGCUUUUUGCCCUCAGUCGAACGAAUAACUCGAAAACUAAUUUGAGAGUGGCGCUCAAAGAGACCCACAUAUUGAGUGGGAACAUGCAUAAUGCGGCUAACGAUGCUUACUACUCUCUUCAACUUUGUCUUAAGCUUGGUGACCCUGAAGUGCGCACCCUUCUUUCACUUGAUAAUUUCCUAAGCACCUACAAUCCCAACUCCGAUAACUUCGACGAAACGGCGCACCAGACGACAAUACUGCACCCUAUUCCUUACAAUAUUCUUUCUUUUGCUUUCCCUCAACCCAAUUUUGAUAUUGAUUAA